CCUUCAGAGAGAAGGGGUUGAGGCGUUUUGAGCAAAUCUUAUUGGUAAAGUCGUGUAUGUAUUGCCUUUUUUUUUUUUUUUUUUUUUUAAAGAACCAUUUCCUUUCAGUUUUAACCGUAUUACUGUGUCGGCAAGCAGUUUACACUCAGUUUGUCAGCAGAGCGGCUUUCUGUUUUGGUAAUUUAGGACUGUAACUUUGUUUCUGAAAAAAAGACAUGCUUGAUAAGCUAGUUCAGUUUUAAGAUGUUUUACUUAGAAGAUGAUAAUAAAUAUGAGGAGGAGGAAGAGAAGGUUCAUGAAGACUCAUUAAGUAAAACUGAAGGUGUUUACCAUGGGAAGGCCCCUGCUGGUAUCCUGUUUCAAACCAUGAAUUAUGUGGGACAGCUGGCUGGGCAGGUGAUUGUCACUGUGAAGGAACUCUACAAGGGCAUUAACCAAGCCACUUUGUCCGGAUGCAUCGAUGUCAUUGUGGUGCGACAGCAAGAUGGCACCUAUCAGUGCUCGCCUUUUCACGUUCGGUUUGGGAAGCUGGGCGUCCUGAGAUCCAAAGAGAAAGUGAUUGAUAUAGAAAUCAAUGGCGAUGCAGUGGAUCUUCACAUGAAGUUGGGUGACAAUGGGGAAGCUUUCUUUGUGGAGGAGACUGAAGAGGAAUAUGAAAAGCUCCCUGCUUACCUUGCCACCUCACCAAUUCCUACUGAAGACCAGUUCUUUAAAGAUAUUGAUGCCCCUUUGGAGAAAUCUGGUGGAAAUGAAAGAUCAUCUCAGAGUUCAGACAUCUCACACAUCUUGGAAACAGAAACGGUUUUCACUUCAAGUUCUGUGAAAAAGAAAAAACGAAGGAGAAAGAAAUGCAAACAGGACAGUAAGAAGGAAGACCAGACUGCUUCCGCUGCCGCAGAGGAUACCGUGGAUGUGGAAAUGAGCUCUGAUGACGACAAGGGGGUCCAGUCAGCAAGAGGAUCUUCAAAUACUUCCUUAAAGGAAGAUGAAUAUAAGGAACCUUUGCUCUUCCAUUCUGGGGAUCACUACCCCUUAUCUGAUGGAGACUGGUCCCCUUUAGACAAUCCCUAUUCCCCAGGAGCAGUGUGUCCUAAGAGUGAUUCAGAGCUGGAGGUGAAACCUGCUGAGAGUCUACUCAGAUCUGAGUCCCACAUGGAGUGGACGUGGGGUGGGUUCCCAGAGUCUACCAAGGUCAGCAAAAGAGAGAGAUCUGACCAUCAUCCUAGGACAGCUACAAUUACACCAUCAGAAAAUACCCAUUUUCGGGUAAUUCCCAGUGAGGACAACCUCAUAAGUGAAGUUGAGAAAGAUGCUUCCAUGGGAGAAACGGUCUGUACCAUAGUGAAACCCAAACCCAGAGCCCUGUGUAAGCAGAUAAGCAGUGCGACUUCCGCUGCAGAACUUCUUGAACCUCCCCUGGAGCAGCCUCAGAUUUCAUCUAUGUUAGAUGCAGACCACCUUCCUAACCCAUCAUUGGUGGAGGCCCCCUCAGAAUCAAAACCUGCAGUGAAAGUAGACUCACCAUCAAAGAAGAAAGGUGUUCACAAGAGAAGCCAGCACCAGGGACCUGAUGAUAUUUACCUGGAUGACUUAAAGGCUUUAGAACCUGAAGUUGCAGCCCUCUAUUUCCCUAAGAGUGAAUCGGACCCUGGCUCCCGGCAGUGGCCUGAGUCUGACACGCUCUCCGGCUCCCAGUCCCCACAGUCUGUGGGAAGUGCGGCUGCAGAUAGUGGCACCGAGUGCCUCUCCGAUUCUGCCAUGGAUUUGCCUGAUGUCACCCUCUCCCUUUGUGGGGGUCUCAGUGAGAACGGAGAGAUUUCCAAAGAAAAAUUCAUGGAGCAUAUAAUUACUUAUCACGAAUUUGCAGAAAAUCCUGGGCUUAUAGACAAUCCUAACCUUGUAAUACGGAUCUAUAACCGUUAUUAUAACUGGGCUUUGGCUGCUCCCAUGAUCCUUAGCUUGCAAGUAUUCCAGAAGAGUCUGCCAAAGGCCACGGUUGAGUCCUGGGUCAAAGAUAAGAUGCCAAAGAAGUCUGGUCGCUGGUGGUUUUGGCGUAAGAGAGAAAGCAUGACCAAACAGCUGCCAGAGGCCAAGGAAGGGAAAUCCGACGCGCCACCAACCAGUGACCUGGCAUCGAGCACAAAGGAGCCAGCCAGUGGCAGGCCGGCUGAGGAUGACUCAUCGAGCGAUGAGGGGUCCCAGGAGCUUGAAGAGUCCAUCAAGGUGGACCCUGUUCCCACAGAGCCCCCAAGUCAUGGCAGCACAACCUCAUAUAAGAAGUCUCUUCGACUCUCUUCAGAUCAGAUUGCAAAACUGAAGCUCCAAGAUGGCCCAAAUGAUGUUGUGUUUAGUAUUACAACCCAGUAUCAAGGUACCUGCCGCUGUGCGGGAACCAUUUACCUGUGGAAUUGGAAUGACAAGGUCAUCAUUUCUGAUAUUGAUGGAACGAUAACCAAGUCUGAUGCCUUGGGGCAGAUUCUUCCACAGCUGGGUAAAGACUGGACUCAUCAGGGUAUAGCAAAGCUCUACCAUUCCAUCAAUGAAAAUGGCUACAAGUUUCUCUACUGCUCCGCUCGUGCCAUUGGCAUGGCUGACAUGACCCGUGGCUACCUGCACUGGGUCAAUGACAAGGGCACAAUCUUACCUCGGGGCCCUUUGAUGUUAUCCCCCAGCAGCUUGUUCUCAGCCUUCCACAGGGAAGUGAUAGAAAAGAAGCCAGAGAAGUUCAAAAUUGAGUGUCUAAAUGAUAUCAAGAAUCUGUUUGCCCCAUCUAAGCAGCCCUUCUAUGCUGCCUUUGGAAACCGUCCAAAUGAUGUCUAUGCUUACACACAAGUGGGAGUUCCAGACUGCAGAAUAUUCACCGUGAACCCCAAGGGCGAAUUAAUACAAGAAAGGACCAAAGGAAACAAAUCCUCGUAUCAUAGACUGAGCGAGCUCGUGGAGCACGUUUUCCCGCUUCUCAACAAGGAACAAAACUCUGCCUUUCCCUGCCCAGAGUUCAGCUCCUUCUGCUACUGGCGAGACCCGAUCCCCCAAGUGGACCUGGACGACCUGGCGUGAAGUGGCACCUCCCAGGGAGGUCCUUAGGCAUUUGCCCCAUAGCAAGGGAAGGUGACCAGCACUUCUGGACAGAGGCCACUGGGCUACCCUCCAAGCCCCAGGUGCAGGACAAGACACGUGUUGACAGCUGGACACCAUCAGGCACCAGGAGAGCUCCUGGAGCUGGAACCGUUGUCUUCCUUUCCCUUCCCAGGCCUGGCAGGGUUGCCGCUCGGAGCCCUGAGCAGGCAGGCAGGCAGGCGAGGAGCUUGGACCUGCGGUGGGAGGCCUAGGCUCCUAUUACUAGUCGUCCUCACACAUGUGCUGUGUCAAGUGUGUGCCGGUGCUCCUUUAACUGAAUAAUUUAAAAGGAAGAAAAAAGCUAAACAAAAGGGGACCAAAACAUGUAUAAAGUGUUAUAAUUUCCACUGGGAAGUUGAGAUUGUUUCUCUCUAAAACCAGGGCUUUCUUUAGGGGAUCAGGGUCCACUAAGCUGCUACAGGUCCAGUUAGUGAUGUUGGUUCAAACCACCUGUGCACUUUUCUUCCAUGGGCUCUUCCUUCUCUGCCACCAUGAAACAGGAUGUCUGCUCGGUGGGCUGCUCCAGGCAGGGGCCAGGGCCACUGACCCCAGCCCCACAGAUACGGGCUUCUGGGGACAAAAAGCCCCUUAGAUCAUUGCCUUCUCAACUGUGGCUAGCCUAUCUGUAUUGUCUUGGACCCAGUCAGGACAGAAAGGUCUUGCUGGAUGUGCUUGGUGCCUGUAGUACUGUAAGAGUACUAAUGGUGGGAGUUGAUUGGACAAUAAGCAACAGCUCUGUUUUCAGGGAGGCCUUAGAAAUGCAGAUAGGCAUUCGUGUGGGGUCCUGGAAGAGUCCUUUUCUCUGUCCUUCUGCCUUCAGCUUAGUCUCCCAGCCUGGUUGUAAUGAGGCAGGGUGGUCCAAGCAGACAGCUCCAGGGGAGGGUCUGUCCCAUGAGCCCCUCCAGAACUGAGAGCCUGGGUGUUGACGGCAACCUCAGUGUUAGAAUCCAGAGGACUGUCAGAGAGGAGGCCUCCAUGCAUGCACAGGCCUUGGCCGGCAGGGAAGCACUCAGCCAGGCGCCAGAGCAGAGGAUGGAAGCUGCGGAUCCAGGUGCCCGCAGGGAGCAGCUUCUGUGCCCACCUCUGCUGGUCUGGGACUUGGGCUGCGUUGCUCUCCUCACUCUCCUUGUUUUAGUUUGCCCCGCCCAAGUAAUACUGACCUAAGAUGGAGAAAUGGGGUGGUUAUUUUUCUAGAUUGGAGAGUUGGAAGUCCCUUUAGUUUGGCCAUUUCUCCGCGCACUUUUGUAUGUGGAGACCACGGUAGAGCCCCCCGAACGCAGCUCUGUGGCACAACACAGAGGCACGUGCUCCCAGAGGAGGACCAAUGUGUGCUGCUUCCGGUGCAAACUUUCUGCCCUUCAGUAGUGCAAGGACUAAUUGUUUAAAGAGUUUAUUUAUGUACAGUAGGUUAGGCAAACUCGGUUAUGUUUCUAGGAAAUUUUGCCCAGUUAGUGACUUAAAAUCUGAGCAGUGGUGCAGCUGGUGGGCUCCGAGACGCUGCCAGUGUAUCUUCUCCACGUUCAUUUUCCAGGAAGAAUAUGAGCUUUCUGCACUGAACCUGAGCUUACUAGGGCUUCUCUGCACACAUGCGGUACAGGAAAUCUUGACCUUCUAUAGUCCUCUUUAGGUUGUCUUUUAAAGAGUUUUUUGAUUAGACUAUUCCUUUUCCUCAAUAAGUUCUUCUCUGUGGACACACGGGCCUUCUGUAGGUCUGACCCAGGGGCCCAGGUCUCCCAACUCCUGUGCCGAGGUGGGACAGGCCCCUCUGUCCUGGUGUCCAUAAGCACUAGACUUUGUUGUUUUGUUGCUGCAGAUUGAUCCAGUGGGUACAUUUGCUAAUUAACAUGAAUCUUUUUCCUUAUUUAAAGGAGUCCCUCUUGCUGAAAGUAGAUGAUUACUAUCACUAUAGUGUUAAUGAAAGUAUUAAGUUUGUGCUAAAACCCAUUGCCAUUUGGUACAAAUGACAUUUGUUCUUUCUGUGAAAGAGAGUUACCCUUGAGUGUGUUUGUACACAGACCCUUCCAAUGGUGAGUUAAUGAAGAAGCGUUAUCCCGUGCUGCUUUCGGUGAUGGGCGGGAUCACAGGGUGAUCGCAAGCAGAUUGGGCUUUUCGAAGUCAUUCUCUCGGUUGUUCCACUGGUGAAAUGGCCUUGGCCCCUUUCCCUCUCUCCAAUUCAACCUGACUUGAGUAUUUGCCUUGCUCCCCACGUGCUGAAGCUUCUCUGGCUGUGGUGUCGACAUCUGCGUCUCUGGCAGGCGUGAGGAAGUGCGCGUGUGGGCCCGGAGCAUGCACACUUAGCCGCUGUGUGUGAGGACUGUUUGCUGUGCUCAAAGCCAUCUGCUUAGUUUUCAACUGGAAAAAGAAAAAACUUAUAGUGUGAUGUCUGUCCUAAAAUGAAAGCUGCUAAUGGUCACAGGGAGAACAGCUGAGGAACGACAGCUAGCUAAAUGACCAGAAAGUGCCUGUGCCCAUAGGAGCACAUGUGGCCCUUCGGGACGAUGUUCUUGAAGGUGCAGGCAAGACCUUUAAAGAGAAGUAGAAAGUAAAUGCUUUCUCCUUUUGCUAGUUGGUGAAAACAAACUCUUCCAGGGAAUUUUAGCAUCUUUAAGUAUCCUGUUUACUCUGGGAAGUCUUGUUUUCCUGUUUGAGAAUAUGCUGUAUUUAAUGAAACCGGUUAAAAAUUGAGUUUUUAAGUGCUCUUUCCAGGUGAAAACUACUUUUUUGGUUUGUUUUGAAGGUAAGAGAGGGAGGGGGAAACUUUGUUGUUUUAAUUUAAUUAAUUACAUUUAGUCUAUGAUGGAGUAUUUGAUUAUUAGCAAUGCCACUAAUAAGUUUUAAGUUGUCAGAAAUUAAUUGUAAACAUCAGUACAGUACUCUCAGUCAUGGCAAAGACAGUUAUCCUAAGAUAAAUGGCUCAUAUUUUGGUGCAGUGUUUGAUGUUCAAAACAAGACGUUACAACAAUAAACAAACGUAA